AUGGUGCUCGCUCCGGAUGCAGUUGUCAUGGAAAUGGAAGAGGGCUCAGUGUCCACUGUUACCAUGGAGAUCCCCGUCGCAGCAGCAGCUGCCUCAGCAGAGCGAGCUCAGUGUGAUCAGCAGCACGCCGCAGCUCCGCCUCGGAACAGAAACCAUCGCAUGUUGAUCGUGAUCGGAGACAUUUCCACCAGCCACCAGCUCGACGAGGCCAGGGGACAGAUCACACAAGGUCUGCGCUCUUGGAAUGUGGAUGUGAGCGUCUGUGACCUGAACAAAGAGCUGCACGAGUUCGAGAGCAGACACACCGCUCAGUUCUCAGCUCAGGUCAAAGGCCAGCGGCUGCUCCAGUACCACAGUGAGGUCCUGCAGAGCGUGGUGUUGGUCAACCCGUCAGAAGACGCUGCUGUCUCAGAGAUCCGCUCUCUGGUCACUGACGUCUCCGGGAGGAAGUUGCUGAUCCUCAGUGGGCCGAGCUCCGAGCAGGGAGGGGACCUCCUGCUGCAGAGUGGAGCCUUCACCUGGAAACACUUCUCCGACAUCAUCUCCAACCCUCAAGUGAUCGAGGUCCUGUCCCGGGCGGCGUGCGAGCAGCCGGCCAGGCUAACUGUUUCCUGUCAGGGAGACGGCGGCUGGAGCUCCCUGGGCCAAGGCCAGGAGCAGCAGCCCAUCCAAAACCUUCUGGAAUACCGACUGAACCCCGAACCCCACCUCCCCGACAUGGACGGAGUCACCGAGUUCACCGAGUACGUCUCAGAGACGGUGGACGUGCCCUCGCCCUUCGACCUCCUGGAGCCCCCGACCUCUGGUGGUUUCUUGAAGCUGUCCAAACCCUGCUGCUACAUCUUCCCCGGAGGCAGAGGAGACUCAGCUUUGUUUGCCGUCAAUGGAUUCAACGUCCUGGUGGACGGAGGGUCUGAGCGGAAGUCCUGCUUUUGGAAGUUGGUUCGCCACCUUGACCGGAUCGACUCUGUGCUGCUCACCCACAUCGGUGCAGACAACCUGGCCGGUGUCAACGGGCUGUUCCAGAGAAAGAUCGCCGAGCAGGAGGAGGAGCGUAACCAAGGAUCCGGCUCCAGCAGCAACGGAGACUGGAUGAAGAACCUGAUCUCUCCAGAGCUCGGGAUCGUGUUUUUCAACGUCCCAGAGAAGCUGCGGAUGCCGGAGUCCACGCUGAAGGUGAAGCGAAGCAUCGAAGAAGCCUCGCUCACGCUGCAGUACCUCAACAAGCUGGGCAUCACACCGGAGCCUCUUCACAGGGUGGUCAGCAACACCAUCGAACCCAUCACGCUGUUCCACAAGCUCGGGGUGGGAAAGUUAGACAUGUACGUCCUGAACCCGGUGAAGGAAAGCAAAGAGAUGCAGUUUCUGAUGCAGAAAUGGGCUGGAAACAGCAAAGCCAAGACGGGGAUCACGAUGCCCAAUGGGAAAGAAGGAGAGAUAUCUGUUCCCUAUUUGACAUCAGUGACCGCUCUCAUUGUGUGGAUCCCUCACCAUCCAUCAGAGAAGAUAGUCAGGGUGCUGUUCCCAGGAAAUGCACCCCAGAACAAAAUCUUCGAGGGCCUUGAGAAGCUGAAGCACCUGGACUACCUGCGAUACCCAGUGGCGACUCAGAAAGACAUUUCAUCAGGUGCAGCACCUCCCGUCCUCAAGCAGACGAAGAUCAGGUCCAGGACGGACAGCAAGGAGAGUCUCAAGUCUUCACCCAAACCUCAUUCCAAGGCUGCGAAGAAAGACGCCAGCGGGCAGGAGGAGGAGUCCAAAAGUGACAUCACCAAAGAAAAUAAGGUGGAAAAGAAAGAAGAGAAAAAACUCAAAAGUCUCAAAGCCACCAAACAACAGAAAAACAGCGAAGUGGCUCCUGCAGCCGACAAGAAGGAGAAGAAGAAAAUAACCAAGGACAAAACCACCAAGAAUGAGAAAGUGUCCAAGAUGGAUGAAAAGAAAGACAAAGAGAAGAAAGAGAUUAAAAAAGAGAAACGUGAGAUAAAGAAGGAUGAAAAUAUAAGAAAAGAAGAGAAAAAAGAAAGUAAAGUCAAAGAAGAGAAAAAGAAAGACCCGAGUAAACCAGAGCUGAGGAAAAUCACCAAACCAGACCUGAAGCCGUUCACCCCCGAAGUGAGAAAGACUCUGCACAAAGCCAAGACUCAGGCUAAACCCAAGACCGACAAGAACAAAGCGGUGAAGGACGCAGCCAAUGAGAGAAGACCGGCUCCGAAGAACCUCCCUGAGGAGGUGGCAGCAGCUGCUCUGGCCGACAGGUCCAUCGUCUCCUCCCCUGAGGACCUGACCGAGGACUUUGAAGCUCUCAAACAACAGGAGCAGUGCAGGACCGAGCCCAUCCAGAACGAUGUGCUGUCUGAGCGUUCACUCUUCACAGAUCCUGAAGUGGAGGAGAAGGUCAAGUCAUCGGCUCCUGGGAUUCAAUCGUUUUCACCCAAAUCCCCAGAGAGUCCGGGAGGAGACAGGAACAAAGGCACUUCGGAGGAGGUGAAGAAGUACGAAGAGGAGAAGAUGGAGAAAUAUGACAAAUAUCCUGUGAAGGACGACAUGAAGGACGGAUCAAAGAAGAGUGACAGCUCCGAGGAGGAGGAUGAUGUGAUUGAAAAAGCAGAACAUGAAGGAACAGAAGAUGAUGAGGUCCUUAAAUAUAAAACUGAGAAGGCCAAAAAUGAAAAACCCGGAAAGGAGUGGGAGACAACAGCAGCUGAACAAAAAGCUUUGUCCACCACAGUCGGGCAAACUGCAGCAGGCUCCGCCUCCGAGCAGUUCUCGUUCAUCCACGACGAGACGAUUCCCGGAUACUCCGAGACGGAGCAGACCAUCUCCGACGAGGAGAUCCACGAGGAACCGGAGGACAGGAUCCCUCAGCUGCACUACGACGUGGGCUCCUAUGACAUCUCUGUCCCUGAUGUCCCCGGCAGCUUCGACUCCAUCCACGGAAUCAGAGAGAUGAAGAGCUCCGUGGCGUCCGAGGUCAAACCCAGAGCCUUCAUGGGCGGUCCGGGGCCCGAGCUCGCACCUUACCCAGCAUUCAUUGCUGCUCCUCUGGCAGAGGAAGAACACAUCUCCUCAGCAACAUCCAUCACAGAAUAUGACAAACUCUCAUCUUUUGCCACAUCUGUGGCUGAGGACCAGUCCAUAGCUUCUGUCACAGCUCCUCAGACGGAGGACGCCGGGAGGACGUCCCUCCUGCUGGACACCAUCAACAGUGUCCCCUCCCGUGCAGAGGCCGCCCAGGGGAAGGACUAUCUCCACUCGGCAGGAACCAUCUCCCCCACCUCCUCGCUGGAGGACGACAAGUGCUUCAAGUCUCCUUCCUCUGAUGAGUACCAGCCCAACCUCCCGGAGCUGGAGGGCGAAGCAAAGAUCAGAUCAGUCCACGAAGACGAGGACGAUGAGGAGGACGAGGACGAGGACCAGACUCCCAACGUGGACAUCCCUCUCGGGAAACUCCACGAGGGAUACGAACAUGCAGCUUCCAAGAUGCUCCAGGAGAAGGAGAAGUCUCCCUCGGCCAGUUUCUCUCCUCCUCCCUUCACUGCUGCGCAGUACCCCCCCCCACAGGCUGUCAGAGACCACCCGGCUCUCUUCAGCUCCGAGGGGUUCAGGGCUGAUGUGAAGCCUAUCUCCCCUCCUUCCUCCUUCUCCCCUGGGUUGGAGUCCCACUCCAGGCAGGAGAGUGAGGACAGAUGUCUCAGUCCAGAUGACAGCACCAUGAGACUGGCGUCCCCCACUCAGUCGGUGCCCACCAGCAGCGGCUACUCGCCAACAGAGGACAGACCCUUCAGGACAGAAGACAGGGAGGAGGACGUGACCAACGUGAAAACAGAUAAAUCCGUCUCCAUGUCAGACAACACCUCCUUCAUCGGUGUAACCGCUGACAAGACAGGAUUUGAAGCAUCUGAAGAAUCUGAUGAAGACAAUGAUGAUGAAGAAGACUAUUACGCCAAAAAGGAUCUACAGCCCGCUGUUAAGGCGAAACUUAUGGAAGCAAAGGAGGGACGCUUUCUGGACGAGGACUUCUCCCUAGAGGCAAAAUCUGCAGUGACAGAACCAGAGGUCCAGACCUCGGUGAAGGAGGAGGUUUCCCUCGGCUCAGAGGUGAAACCCAGCCCUCAGGUGGUCUGCUCUAAAGAAGAAGACCAAGAUGAGAAAGAGGGGGAUUUGGUAAGUGGGCCAGGAUCAAAGCCCCUAUCACCAGAUCAAAGAGAAGGAGACUCUAAAACCGACGGUGCAGAGAAAACCGAUUUAUCUCCAGAGCCGGAGAAAAAUGUUCAUUUCAGUCUCAAUCAUUUCCCAGAGAAGGAGAGCAAAGAAAAGGCCUUGUACAUCCGACAGGACACGCCCUACGUCCACGGGAAGACCUUCUCCUACAGCGACUUCUACGACAGCAAGACAAGCUCCGUGGACUCGGAUUCAUAUCGUCAGGAGUCGUUAGACAAGACGGAGAAGGACGCCGCCAGGAGCGGAGUGGAGCCCCCCCCCCAGUGGACGUCCACAGUUAACAUGGUGGAGAAAGAGGAAUCCAGGGCCUCUUAUGGGAAAGAGUCGUCUGUUCCAUCGUGGAGCGCUUCUGCUCCUCCUCCAUCUGAAAAAGAAAAGGAGACAGUGGAAUACAACACCGGCGCCAGAUUUCCUUCAGUGGCAGAUGAACCUGAAGCCGUCUCCUCUUCUUCAUCGUCAGAAAAAGAUUCUUUUAAAAGUCCGGCUGAGACCACGAAGCCCGUGACCCACUCCUCCCUGCAGGACUUCAACCGACCCGGGUCCACAAGCUUCGGGGACAAAGGAGCAUGUUUGGAGGUUGAUAUGCGAAAACUAACAGCAAGAGAUGAGGAGGACUACGAUGAUGAUGUAGUUGAUGAAGAUGAUGAGGAGGAGGAAGACGAAGAAGACGAGGAGGAUGAAGAUGCUAUCGAUUCUGAUGUGGAGAAAGGCGCCAAAGAGAAAUCUGAGAAGCAAGCGAAAAGUCCCAUCAGUGAGAUGUUUGGCUGCGAUCGGCCUGAGUUCAUGGUUUCCAUGGCUGGCUACGGUUACAACAGUCAGGGGAAGCCCAGCAGCUCCAGCUCCAAGGACCAGGACAAGGAUGGGUCCUCCUCCUUCAGUGGGAAACCAUCUGACCCAGGCUCUGCAGGUUUCUACUCCUCAGGCUUUGAGUACUCAUAUGGAGGAGGUGAGAAAGACUCCUUGUUGUCAGGUCAGGUGACAGACGGAGAUCAAGAGGAACAUUAUUACCAGAGGGACACCACUGACCCUGAGUGUGAGAGACAGAAGACUCCAGACCUUCAGAGCAAGAGGUCACUGGACACAAGCUUUCAAUACACGACAACAGCAGCCCCAGGGUACUCCUCCUCCUCAGCCUACAGCUACUCCUCCUCCACCUCCGGAUCCCUCUCCACCAGCCGGCAGUUCGGGGAGGAGCUGGAGACGCCUGCGUCUGCAGAGCCGCUGUUCGAGUACUCGUCCUUUAAAGAUGAACACUCACCGGUCUCAGCCGGGGCCAAAGACGACUACCUGGAGGUGUCUGAGAAACAAACCACGGCUGAGUCCACCUCCAGUGUAGCUCGAUUCCCCCCCCUCAGCCCGUUCCAGGACGUCAAACCUUUCCACACACUCUCGUCCACUGGCUUUGCUGAGGACAAGAAGGAGCAUACCACCUCAUUGGGGGGGGUUAUGGACAAAGCGCCUCAAUCUGACUGUUUCUAUAAACCUGAAUGGUCCGAAGGGUCCAAGCUGGAGACAGCUGGUGGGUUCGGAGCCUCGGAGCUCUCCAAGAACAAAGAGGCAGCGAGCGCUGCUCUGUUCGGAGUCACCUCCUCUCCGCGGCCCGACAAGGAGGGCAAACACUACUUUGAGGAGACGGACAGCAGUGAGGAAGAGGAUGAGGAGGCUUACAUCCGGGAGAUGACUCUGAGGUCUCCCUCCAGUGGUCUGACCGCUGGUCCAGCUGCUGCUAAUAAGACCGUUGGUGAACUCCCUGAUGUUCUCGGCUCCUACAUGGCUUCACCUCUGCAGGCAAGCAGACCAGACACAGCCAACGGCCCCCCCGAGGUCACCGCAGGCUCCGCCCUCCCGGCUGGAGCAGCGGCCGGCGGUGCAGCUCCAGGCGCCGUCAGGGUGGAGUCCAGGGAGGCCGGGUACAGGAGCUCCUACGAGUGGGAGCUGCCGAAGCCCCAGAUGGGGAUGGUCCCUGGAGACUCUCCUCCCCAUUAUCGUCAUGACGAUGAGUUUGAGGAGGAGUGUGAGAUGGAGCCGGAGCACCCGGCCCGCCCACUCUCCCUCUCCUCCACCGACCAGCCCUUCCACUCACCGUUCUACUCGGAGGAUUGCAGCCGAGGAGGCCAGGACGAGGACGACAGCGACCAGGACUCUGCUGGCGACGCCCCCAUGGGAGCCGCCUCCUCCUACACCAGCCGCACCUCACCGGGAUACUCCUCCUCCGAGUACAGGCCGCGCAAAGAGGACCUCUCCCCUUCCUUCAUCAACCCCAGUAUGAGACGGUUGCCCAGCAACGAGGGCGAUGAGGAGGACGAAGGCAAAAGCGACCAAUCCCAGGAGGCCAAUGACCACGACCUGUCAGUCAAGAGGCGGGCUCACAAACAGCCUCACCAUCACCCGGCUGGUGGCCUGUCUUCGGGACUGGGUCUGGCCACAGAGGACACUCCGCCCACCUCCGUCAGCGAGUCUCUGGGUUCUCAGUCCGACUCUGACCCCCCCGCCCCUGGGGGGGGCAACAUGGACUCAGACGAGGACGCGGACUACAUGCCCAUCGACAAACUGUCUGCCCCCGGAGGAGGCAGCCAUCAGUCCACCAGGAGGAGCCAGGACCCGCCUCCUGCACCCGUCAUGGACCCUCAUCCCCACCCCCCACACCCAGACGUCUGCAUGGUGGAUCCGGAGUCUUUGGAUAAUGGCUCAGUCAAGAAAGAGCCAAAACCAAAGGGAUUGAAAAAAUCCUCCUCGAAAACCAAAUCAGCUUCGGCGGCUCAGCGCAAGAGGUCUCCGAUGCCGGGGGGGAAGCCGGCGUCUCCUCGCCGGGCGUCGCUGAAGAAGAAGGAGGCGGACAAGAGCUCGCACAUGUCUCGUCUGUCCGAUGGACAAGGCUCCAAAGACGAUGACCUUUCCCGGUCCAGCUUCAACCCGGGCAAAGGGCAAAGUAACGGAGUGAAGUCCGGUGCAGGUUCCCAGAAGUCCGGCUCCGCGGCCGCUCCCGGACUUCCCAUCUACGUGGACCUGGCCUACAUCCCCAACCACUGCAGCGCCAAGAACGUGGACCAAGAGUUCUUCAAGCGCGUCCGCUCGGCGUACUACGUGGUGAGCGGGAACGACCCGGCCAGCGGGGAACCGGGCCGGGCGGUUCUGGACGCACUGCUGGAUGGAAAAGCUCAGUGGGGAUCGAACCUGCAGGUGACGCUGAUCCCGACCCACGACACCGAGGUGACCCGGGACUGGUACCAGCAGACCCACGAGCGGCAGCAGGAGCUGAACAUCAUGGUCCUGGCCUCCAGCAGCACCGUGGUCAUGCAGGACGAAUCCUUCCCGGCCUGCAAGAUCGAGUUCUAA